CCCUCGCUAGCCCUCACAUCGGGAUACGCCGGUGUGGUAGAGGAGCGCGCUCCUUCAGGUUGGGAGCAUCCAAUCAGCGCUGCCGAUGCCGAUCGCCGCUGACCGUGGCGACGUGCGUGUGUGUGUGUGUGUUGUGUGGUAGCUGCCGCUGCUACGAGCCAGGGUAGACGGCCAGUAUGGCGGAGGAGAGCGGUGUGUACGAGUUACAGGAGCUAGAAAAACAAUUACAGAGUUUGCUGCAACGCUACUCGAGUGACGGGCCGCAGGCCGAUGGCGAACCGUUCUGCUCGGACUUUUGUAAGUUGGUGGAGGAGUAUGCCUCUCGCUGGCAGGUGCCGCUGCCCCAGCUCAGGAUCCUUGAGAUAGCUCUGUGCUAUUUUGCUCGAGCCUCAACCGUCUUCGCAUCAAACUGUGACCACGUGCUCCGCACGCUCAGUAGCCUGGCUUUGAGUCUUUUUGAGUUGCUGCUGUUCUUUGACCAGAAUGACUUCCAUCAGGAGCCACUGAAACAAUUCACUGUUACAUUCCAGGAAUGUUAUUUGGUCCUCGCAAAGCAUCAGAAUGUUCACUUACUUCAGGUGGAGCAUUCGGUUCAGGGCGGUGGACCCUGGGCCGGCCCAGCCUUACAAGCAAUCCUCAGCGAGUCCAGCUUACCUCAAAACGAAGUGGAUGGGUACAUCAGCUCGGAGCUGCCGGUGUUCUUCGAGCUUCGGGUGCGAUAUCUUUUAUCCUGUGAGCGCGUCAGUGAGGCUUUGGCCCUGGCUAGGUGUUGUGCUCAGCAUCCCAUAGCUGGACAACACUUGUUCUUCCUCCAGGUCUACCUCACGUCGCUUUACAAAACUUCACAGCAUGACCGCCUACAUAAAGAGGUGGCUGACCUCAGUGGUAAAGAUGCAGUGCACAUUAUCUGUAGCUUGGAAUAUGAUGAGGAGGAUGAGUUGCUACUAGGCCUCAGCACAGCCUUUUUGUCACAACAGCUCCGCAAGGGAGACAUGUACUGUUUGUGUGAUCUCGUCUUCGUGUGGACUAAACUUCAUAGCCGGUUGAACACAUCCAAGCAAGCUUUGCUACAAGAGAGUCAACAGCUGAUGUCGUCCGCAACUAAUGUCAACUCAAUCUUCCCAUUCAUCAGGGCCAUUCUGCAAGAAGUGGGUGAAGAUGGUAUUCAGUACUGCGUGGAGCUCUGUGCCAAUGCCCUGCAGUCAUGUCUUCCUUGUGACGUCAUCACCAAGACCCUAAUCUACAAAACCAUCGCUGGGUUGCUACCCAAUGACCUGGAGGUGUGCCGGGCGUGCGCUCUUCUCGUCUUCUUCCUGGAGCGCACUGUUGAAUCCUACAAGAUGGUGUACCUCCUCUACAUGCAUCCUGAUCAGGAGUACGGCGCAGAGGACAGCCCAAUCAGAAACCACAUUCGCUUUGAAACGCUGCAGAUCUUGAAGAAGGAUCUGUAUUUUGACCCAGAGUUUUGGAACCUUAUUGCUUUGCGGACCAAUUGUUUGAAGCUGAUGGGUGAGAAGGUGGAGAGUGCUGCUCUUGAGGAAAUCAUGGAGGACAAGUGGAUCUCUAACUACUGCACCAAAGAGCCUACAUCCCGAUCAAAAGCAUCAGUGUGUCAUAAAAGAAGAAAAAGUGCACUUCAGGCAGCAGCCAGGAAAAGGCACCAUAAAGGGGACAGACAUCAUAAGGACGGUACAGACACUGAACCCAAAAGGCUAAAGUUGGGACCAGGUAAAACACGCCUAAAAGUUGAUCACACUGGAAAGAAGAAAGGCAACAAAGUGUCGCAAUCUUUAAAAGACGCAUCUUGUCAACCUUUGAGGCGUUCCUUUUGGCAACUAGAUAGAACGUGGGACAGUGUAGCCAUGAGGUAUGCCGAACAAAGGCGCACGACACGGCUCUCGGAGAAGAACCUGCCAAAAAGGAGGAUUAGAAAACCCAGGUGGCUUGUGGAGGACUCGGCAACUCUUGAACGGAAUAAUGUUCCUCUAAAGAUGAAAAAGAACGGCUUGAAGCACGAAAAACACCAUCGAUCCUGUGUCAUGAAGAGCUCGGAAAUGGGUCAGAUCAAGGACAAUGGCAAACACAAACCCUCAGCUUACCUAAAGGCAAGGGAAAGCAACAACAAGCACCAGAAAGAAUUUGAUAUGGACGGUCUUAAAUCACCACCCUCGCCGCAAGUAAUCCUGGAGCUGUCCCUACCCGACAAUGAACUAAUGGGUACCUUUACAGAGGAACACAGAGGGUUCCCUCAAGUACUUCUUUACAAGCCUACAGUGAAGAUUCCUGACACAUCUCAAUCUGUCAAGACUGUACAUCGCAAAGAGGUGAUCCUCAGAGCGCGGGAUGCAGCUAUGUUUGCACAACAGUUGCAUUGCUAUGCACGACGGCAAAAGGGAAAAGGCAACGGGUUGAGCGUUCACGGCUCAGUGUCGACAAUCACACGCUCCUCUGUGCAGGGAAGUCCUCCUAAAGAUCCACCAAGGGAGCUGUGUGAAAAGAGCGACACUGAAGUGAAAGGCGGUGUUGUUACUCGGACAACGGCGGCUAAAGAUGCAGAAUCUCCCGUUUCACAAAAAGUUCUUCAAGUUCGAAAAACCUCGUCAGCUCGAGGGCUGUUUGAAAAGUCUGCUGUAGAAAUGAAAGGUACCGUUGCUUCGCAAAGGCCAGCGGCAGCAAAAGUGACCAAGUCCCCGGUAUUAAAUAAGAUCGCACAAGAUCAAAGCACAGGAAGAAUUUCAGAAUGCAUUACCCUCGUAAGAGAACGUUCUGAAAGGUCCACUGCUGCAAAAGCGUCGCAGGCUUCAGCAGCUGCUAAAGGAUCAGAAGCCCCGACUUUAGAUGCACCUCCAGCUCAAACUGUUGCGUCAUCAGCAGAAGUCUGUGACGAGCCUGCUGUGGAGAUGAAAGUCACUAUUGCCUCACAAUCCCCAGUUUUAGACAAGGUCUCUAAAGCUCCAACUGUAGAAGACGUCUCGGAAGCAGGGGUGUCCCAGACCUCGGCGGCAAACAAGGAUAAUGCGAUUGGUCAAAUCUCUCCAGCCUCCAACAAACACAGCGUUGCUCAAGAUGUCGUACUUAGAGGCGGAGACCUAGAAAUCAAGUCAUCUCAGACUGAAAGUGUCAAAAAAUACUCGAAAGAGAGGACAGAGGAUGCUCAUAUGCUUGACACAGACCAAGGCAGUGUAGGAGACAUAUCUGCUCUGACGUUAGUCACAGAAAUGGUCACUGAACUUGCACCCGAGCGGCUUUCCCAUAAUCUGGAGAACGACAAACAGCGAGCUCCAGGAAAUAGUGCCUCCAAAGUGUCGAGGGUUGGAAGUAAACUUAAAGUCCCUCACAAAAUACGGACUACCUCCAGCCGCUCGGUGCCAGAACAGGAAGCCUCUGUGGAUGAUGUGCAAGGCCAGAAGGGGAAAGAGAGAACCCAGGAUAUUUCAGAUCAAUUUGAGGACUGUGAGUUUAUGGAAAAUCCACCGGAGUCGGAGGAAUCCAAGCUAGAGUACUGCUGUACCUUCUGCAACAAAGACUUUAAGGGAAGUCGUGUUGUAGCACAUGCAAUGUUCCAUUACCGCAAAGAUGAGUGCAUGUUCUGUGGGACCACGUUCAAAGACGACCUCCUGGCUAUGAUGCACCUGUCCGAUCACAUAGAGAAGCUAAAGAGGAUCAAAGCCCAAGAAAAUGGGGUCUCUGACACCAAAGAAACCUCUUCACCGAAAACCUCUGCCAAAGCUAAGACCACUAACAUGCCUGCUGGUUGUAGAAAGAGACAGAAGACAUCGAAAUUGAUAAAUCGACCGGAGCUGAGCCAAUCUGAAACCAGGAGAUUAAGAUCAAAUGACAAGGCAGUGGAUGGUCCAUCAUUACAAAAAAAACACAACGCAGCAAAGCACCUUCAAAGUAAAACGGCUGUACAUAAGUUAAAUGGCCACAUUGGUAAACAGAAAGAAUUCGACAGCUCAAAUAACCUGGAAGCUAAGACAGAAUGUGUACAGCAGGAGAUCUGUCAAGGAGGAAGGCAAGGCGUGAAAUCCAGAUCACAAGAAAAGCAAGAAUCUGAGGUGGAAACUAUUAAGGUAGAGAAAGAGUCUUCUGAAAAUAAAAUUAAGGAGAGCAAAUCUCCGCCAGUCCUGAAGAUGGCCACAAAACAGGGCGUGAUGGUCGACGAAGAGCCACAAGAGAAGGUUUGCUGUCCCAUAGAUGGGUGCUCUUGGUUUACGGACCUGUCAAAGAACCGUGUUGCACUCUUGUAUCACGCUCUUGAUGAUCACUACGGGGAGAUGAAACCUUUAGAGCUAGCAUUCCGCGUCGGGAACGGUAAAUGUAAUAUUUGCAUGAGGGUUUUAUGGAGUUUUGAACAUUUUCAGCACCAUGUUGAAAGACACAGACUUGCUCCGCGGCAUCCCUGCCUUCACAAGGGUUGCACUGCCAGGUUUAAAACCGGAAUCGAAAUGAGACGCCACACCAGGAAGCACAGUCCGCUGCAGGCAGCAUGCUGCCUCCCUGGAUGCUCUCAGCUGUUUAUUUGUCUUUGGGCACUGAACCUUCAUGAACGAGAACACUAUGCCUCCAAAUCUAGUAAACCAGACAAAAAAGUAAACGUGCAAACCGGUGAGAAAAAUAACGACGCAACAGUCGAGAGAAAGAAACAGAAUCAUGGUUCAAAACAUACUACCGCCCCUGCUGAUGUAAAUGAGACUCAAUGUCUCAAGACUGCUCCUAAACUGAGAGAACAAGCUAGACAUGAUUCACCAGAAAGCAAACGAGCCUCUACCCCAUCUGCAUCUCAGGUAAAACUGGAAUCAAAGGAAAGAAAUGAAGGGAAGAAUUCAAACGUGUUGAAGAAUCUCUCAAACAAGGACUGCUCUGCACAGCCUACUGUUCCAAAUCUUCGACUGAGGCAUACCUUAAGAAAAGGCCAAGUAACAACUACAAACAGAGCUCACAAAGGCUUCUCAUCGUCAUUAUUGAAACACACCAGAAAGGCGAGGCAUAAAUUGAGGAAAAGGCAGGUCAAAGUGAACCCAAAAUGGCCCAAAAGAAAAGGCCGCCCUCCGAAGUUGAGCACGGUAGUGCACGACGAAAACACUCAAAAGAAUGAAGGCUUCCAAGAAAAAACGUCUCCGCAGAAUGAUCAGCAGAGCACCGGGCGGAUUCCUUCACCUGAAACGGUCAAGUCAAAGAAAUUGGCCAUCAAGCAGACUAAAAGAAAUCAAGAAAAUAAUGCCUCUUCGUCCAAAGGCAAAAAUCGUUCCGCGCAUUCAGACUCGAGAAAGACCAAGAACAUAAGUUGUAAAGUCAACAAGAAGACCGUCAUCUCAUCAGCGUCGAAAAAGCCUGCCACGUCCAAAUCUGAUGUUCCACAAGAGGACAAAGCAGCAAUAGUAGAAAGUUCUGCUGACAUGGAAACAGCAAAGGUGGAAAACACAGACUCAACAGAAAGCGUCUCAAGUACCUCAAACCUUUCUGCGCCAGAUAGCACCUUAAAUACGUCAACCACCACAGAGAAACAGCACAAGGUGAAAACAAAGGAGAAGUUAAAGAAUGCUGGAAGGGCUUCUUCAGACUCGGCCAAGGCCCGAAAGAGGCACACAGACGUUAAUAAAAAGGGAGACGGGAAGCGCGUCAAGGAAAACCGGCCACGCAAAGACAAAAAAUCUGUGAAGUCAAAAUGUGAAGUCCAACAACAGGAUGAAGCCAAAGGAGCAUUAGGUAAGAGCAGCCUUGGCGAGGAGGGGAAAGAAAAAGAAGACGCAACACUCGGCAGCUCCGGUCCCUCCGUCGCCAACCCCGUCAAUGAAAAGGCUAAAGUGAAGACGCAGAAGGUGGCAAAAAAAGAGAAAUCAAACGUCACGAAAAAUAGGAAGCGCAAAGACAUUAAUAAGGAAGAUGACGCAAAGAUUGUCAAGAAAGUCAAAGGUAAUGGUCACGAGUCACUAUCUAAGAAGCCUGAAAUCUCGGUAACCGAAGUCCGACCGCUCGCCGAGGCCAAAGCCGGGGUAGGACAAGAGGAAAAACCACCACCCACGGUCAGCGGCCCUGGUUACCACCUGAUAAACGGACAAGCACGAAGUGAAGAUGCCAAAUCCUCAGUUUGUAAAGACACUCUCGCGACUUACGGCAAAAAGCCGUACAUGCGCCUGCCGCCGACCGCCUACCUGGACGAGAAGUACAUCACCAUGCGGAAACGACGGAAGGAGGCGGUCGCCAAGCCGUCUCAGAGGAGCUCCCACCCCGAGCCGACGUCCGCGGCGACCGCGCUGCAGAGGCAGCGAUGUGCCAACUGCUUCGCUACUUUCAACAGCGCCGAGGAGCUUCAGAGUCACGUCCAGCUGCAGAAGUGCUCGAACAUUUUCGGAUUCGACUCGGACGACGAGGGUGUCGCAUUUAAUUAAGUCAAAGUAAGGAUCUUAGGUUUUGGAUACAUAACAGACUGACCUGUGGACUUGAACGGAUGGAUUGUACCUCAGCGCAUCAUCUGCAUUAAUGUUGGCAAACACUCGAGAACUGAAAGGGUUUGGAAACUUUUUUUGUUUUGUUUUGUUUUUUUUUAAACAGCAUUUGCCUGUAAAGCAAGGCUGGGGAGCGGCCCGAUCUUGUGACACAAUAUGCCAAUCACUGAAAAGACUACUGAACUGAACCCCAGUCAGAUUGUUUUAGAAGGACAGCUAGUACUGAAGUGCCUGCUUUGGAACCACGGGGCUGUUUUCCAACAGCUUCACCCGGUUUGGAGAUUAAGCGUUGUGGCUUAAAGACUUGAGACUCUCGAAAGCUGUGAAAAAUAACUGACGCAAGACGACAAGGCGGCUCCUGCUGUCACACAUAAAUUUCACAUCAGUAAGCCAUAACAUUUCUUGCUUUUUGCACUCGUAUAAUUUUUUGUCGAUUUGCUUCUCUUUUAACUCCAGUGGUGAGGAUGUACAGUUAAAAAAAAAAAAAAAAAAAAAAAAAAGCCUCUAAAAGUUGUUGCUGUUUUAACAUCCUAUGGUUACAAACUUAAUUUAGACUGAGUCUAAACUCUUAAGUUGUAAGAUCGUUAUAUCACAGUCUUCUUUGAGAAGAUUUUAAUGUGUAAUUCUUGUUUAACUGUAUAAAGAUAAGUUCCCCACAUAGCUCAUUAAACCCGAGCUGCGUGUCCUCACCAUGAGUAACCAGUAGGGGUCAGUGUGCACCAAUAAUUGUUCACAUUUUCACAGGGUGCAUUUUUUGCUUUCAUUGAUCAUGUUUGCACCACAAUGCUGUCCGCUCCAUUGUAUUUAUUAAUGUACAGCCUUGAGAAAUGGCUUCACUUCCAAUCACAUCUACUAUAGUUCAUUUAGCAAUAACAGCUACGUCCCACUAAUUUAUCGCUACAUUAUGAUAAUUUUAAUACUUUGUUAUUUGUGCAGGGAGCAGAGCUGCUGAUAUUCUGCUUUCUCACUUCAACAUUUAAUUUUUAUCAUCACUGACCUAAAACCAUGAAACGUUGUUUCAACAAACUGACGUGGUAGCCGCAAACUGCCACAAGUGUUACUGGGAGGCCUCGCAGGUCUUUCACGAGCAGCAGGUUAUAUUUAUUUAUGUUUUAUUUUCUAUCUUUUGUAAAUAUUUGAAGAGUUUCAAUGGCUUAUUAUAUAAGGGGAAUGUUGGCGUUGGGUUUAUAUUUUGUUCUUGAAGACAAAAAAAUAAAAGUUAUUUCGGAUGGC